AUGGCGAUCUACUCCUUUUCAAUCUUUGAUAGACAUUGCAACUGUAUCUAUAACAGAGAAUUCUCGUCCACGGAUAAUGGGACCAUAAACAAGAACAAUAACACUGAUUCAUCCAAACUUUUGUUUGGGGUGGUUUAUUCCUUGAAGAAUAUUCUGUCGAAAUUAGCAGGAGACUCUUCAAUUGAAUCUCAGUCAAGUAUAUCAAACUUCUUGAAAUCGUUUUCCACAAGCCAAUUCAGAAUCCAUUACUACGAGUCUUUGACGAAUUUAAAGUUCAUUAUCAUAACUGAUAACUCAAUUGAUAAUAUGCAGAAUAUCUUAUGGGAAUUAUAUUCUAACUUUUACGUAAAACACAUUUCUUUCAACUACUUAAGUCAAGUAGAUUUCAAAUCUGAAGACGAAAAAAUCUAUAACCCAAAUUUCAUCAACGAAACUGAUGCCUUUAUUAAAUCGUUACCAGUUUUCAACUAG